CGCGUACUCGAGCUGCUUUCGAACCAUAUAUAGCCUCGCGGUGAAAUAGUGAAAGCUGAAGCGACGCAACGCAGAGCAACUGCAGCAGAAGAAAAUACAUCGUGAUGAUCACUAAGCUGGCAACCCCAUGGAUCGUUCUCCUAGCACUUCUGCUGGUACCCACCUGGCUGGGUAGACUCGCCAAUGCCGAAGAAACUCUUCAGUCGGGAAACGAGACAGUAAUCAGACGUGGUUUCUGCAUCAUUGGCGGCGGUGCAGCGGGCACCUAUGCUGCAAGUCGCCUCCGGGAGCUGGGUCAGGAUGUUGUGCUUGUGGAGAAGACAGGCCGCCUGGGUGGCCAGUCGCGAACGCACUUCGAUCCAGUCACACGCGCCUCGAUCGACUAUGGCGUGAGGGCCUUUGAAGAUUGUCCCGAGACCAGGAAGUUCUUCAAGCAUUUCAACAUUCCGCUGAGUCUUGACACCUCAACGGCAGACGUUGAGGUCCUGAGAUUUGACUUCCGCACGGGGGUGUCGGUGCCGCCAUACCCAGGCAAUACGAAGGCGGCCAUCGAACGCUAUACCAUGGAGCUUCAGCGAUAUUCUUACAUAGCUCAAGGAUGGAAUUUCUCGGAACAGGUGCCAGAGCCCCUUCUCGAACCAUUCGGUGACUUUGUCAGUGAGCACGAUCUGGGGCCUGCAAUGGAGACAGUGACCAUCCUCGCCCAAGGCAUGCACUAUCUACUUGACUAUGCGACUGCCUAUCCGUUGAAAAUCGUCUCGUUGGGUCGACUUACGGGUCUGGAGCACGGCUACCUGGUCCCCACGCGUCACAAUAUAACGGAGCUCUACAACGCGGCGCAGCAAGAGUUGGGGGAGGAUGUGUUGUUUGGUAGCACUGUUGUGCAUGCUCGGCGGUCAGACGACAAGCUUCACCGACUGACCGUCGAGUACGAUAAUGGCGAGAGGGUCGUAAUUGAAGCAGAUGCGACUAUCAUGGCUAUGCCCCCUAAGAUUGACGAGAUGGAGGGGUUCGACCUGGACAGUCUCGAAUCUUUCUUCAUUCGUCAGUUCAAGUACGGUUAUGUCUACACGGGUCUGAUGAGGGACAGCGGGCUCCCGGAUGAUACCCGGAUUUUGAACCGCGGGCUCGAUACGCCAUAUAGGAUUCCCAGGUACCCAUGCAUAUACUCCAUCCUGUCUUCAGAGGUUCCGGGCUUCCACCUAGUGACGUAUGGAAGUGCAGAGGAGAUGAGCGAACAAGAAGUUCGAGAUGCGAUAUCCGACGAUAUUGUUCGACUCCAGGAAGGGGGUCUCAAUACGACAGAGCCAACAUUCCUUGCUUUUGCCACCCAUAGUCCAUACGACAUGUAUGUCAGCCGAGAGGCAAUGAAAGCGGGAUUCUACCAGGACGUGAAAGACUUGCAAGGGCAUCGCAACACGUAUUGGAUUGGAGCCGCCUGGGAGCAUCCGGACUCAUCGGCUAUCUGGAGGUCUGUUGAUCGCUUGCUCCCUGCGAUCAUUGGGGAUUAGUCUUGGCCUCCGUGGGGACGACGCCGAGGCAGGGAAAAAGCGGAGCUGGUGGCACCCUCGACGACAAGGUAUCUAGACAACCGCAGAUUGUGAGACCACUGAUAGCUUGAGUUCCGCAAUGAGUAAUGAGUAAUGAUUCUGCCGCCCCUUGUGUGUGUUCCUAUCGUAGAAUCGUCCAUGUCAGGACAAAGUACCUGAAUUAGGUUGCGAUAAGCUGGCGAAUUCCCCGCUUUUCCCGCUGACUUCCCGAGUGCUUAUCUUAUCGCCUGGUCAGUGCAAGGGAUGGGGGUGAUUCGUCGCAUCACUCGAGGUCAGACAAGUUGAUAAAAAGCCGAGGGGCAGCAUGUUCUGUCUUUUUCCCAAUCUCUUGACUCCUUACUCCAUGAGAGGCUCUGUA